AGCCCAUGACAAUCCCGAAUACAGCAUUACUGUUACAGCUCCUUUCAGUACCACUCAGUCUGCUGAAAAAUGUCUGGAUGCUUUCAAAGCUCAACUUCCUUUUUUUUAUAAUGCGUUUGCAGCUAAUUAUGGUUGUGAAGAUUUCAUUACUGGGACUGUUGUUAAUGAUCAGAAAGUUGAAGUUGGGAGCUUAAAUAAGAUUAUUUUAAAUGUAACAAUAAACUUAGAUCGUGCGGGAUCAGAUGCACACAAAACGUCUUGCCUAACUGCGUUUGAGGCCUUAUUAAAUGUUGGUGUUGUCUCACCACUCAGAUUUUUCCCCCAAUCUAUUACUUGUGAAACUGGUGUUUCAACUGUGUUACCAGUCUACCCAGAAUCAGCUGUUACCAGUUUCGGUUACUCCUGUUCUACACCUGGGCGGGUGCUGAGGACAAUAGAUACAGAAAACAAAUGUGUACCAACUAUUCCUGGGAUGUUUGAGGCAAAUGGUGUUUCUGUAAACUGUACGGAUGGUUUAUACCAGGACGCUGUAGGACAGACAAGCUGUAAGCAAUGCCCUGAUGGAACAGUGGCAGCCACAACAAGGGAUGCAUGUUUAAACACUUGCCCGAGAGGUUUUAUGUCUGAUGAUGGUUUUCCUCCCUGCCGUCCCUGCGCUAAAGAUUAUUACUGGAGCAAUUCUACAUAUUGUGAACAAUGUCCACCCAAUACCAGCACUGUAGAACAGAAUGGCAUGGGAGUUCUUGGGGAUUGUAAAGCUGAAUGUCAGGCUGGAAUGUUUUCCCCUACUGGCUAUGAGCCAUGUAAACCAUGCCCAACAAAUUUCUAUCAGGUGUUGACUGGGCAGAAGGGAUGUUUGGAAUGUCCUGAAACACAGAUAACAAACAGUACUGGCAGUAACAGCUCAAACCAGUGUUGGACACCAGAAUUAUGUCCUGCAUCUCCCACACCAUGCAGUGGAAAUGGUUCAUGCAGUGUGAAAAACCAUGAAAAGUUCUGCAACUGCAAUUCAGGAUACUCUGGAAGCGAUUGUCAACUCAUGAACAAUUUCUGUGAUGAGAGUCCUUGUGUCAGAGGAACUUGUAAUAAUAACCAAGGUAUUAGCUUCACCUGCACAUGCGAUACAGGUUUUACUGGGGACCGGUGUGAUAGAGACACUACAAACCGUUGUACACCAAACACUUGCCAAGCUGGAUCAUGUAGAAAUAUAAAGAACGGUGCUGACUGUCUCUGUCCUCUUACUGGAGGAUUCACACAGCCAAGCUGUGAACGUUUGGACAACUUGUGUGCUGGCAUCCAGUGUUCUAAUGGCGGUACCUGUGUCGCCUUUGGGUCUGUUCGUAAACAAUGUCUCUGUCAGCCGGGAUAUACUGGUGAAAACUGUGAAAUCAAUAUAAAUGAGUGUACUUUGAACCCACAAGGCUGUUUGUAUAAUGGCACAUGUAGUGACGGUGUCAACGCCUACAGCUGCCAGUGUAGACCUGGCUUCAGUGGUAACAGGUGCCAUGUCCGUAACAACUUCUGCAGCACUGACCCUUGUGCAGAUGCUGAAUGCUACAACGACUAUGACAACUAUAAAUCAGUAUGCGUAUGUCAUGAUGGAUUUGAAGUACAAGAUGCUGGAAAUGGGAAAUGUACAUCUACGGUGAAGUGUCCUCUGGGUAAUGCAUUCUGUAAUAAUGGCAGCUGCAACAACGAUAAGUGUUUCUGUCUGAAUGGCUAUACAGGUUCACGCUGUCAGCAUGACUUUACAGACUGUACCAUGAACUCGUGCAAGAAUGGUGGAACAUGUGUAGACAAACAUUCGGGUUUUGACUGUAUGUGUAUGUCUGGCUAUACAGGGAACGACUGCAGUGUCAACAUUAAUGAUUGUUUGGGUCAGUGCCAAGGUGAACAUGUCAUUUCAACAAGCGUAGGAUGUAUGGACAAAGUUAAUGACUUCAUGUGCAACUGUGAAGCAGGAUGGACAGGCAAAAACUGCACAGAGAACAUUGAUGAAUGUGCUAGCUACCCUUGCAGGCAUGGAGCAAGCUGUACUGAUGGGGAUAAUACCUACACAUGUAAUUGUACAAUAGGUUGGACUGGACAAAAUUGUGAUACUGCAAUAAACAACUGCCCUGACAAUAAAUGCAAAAAUGAAGGAAACUGCUUCAACAUGAAUGAAGGAUUCUUCUGCAGUUGCCUUGGAGGAACAACAGGGAAAACAUGCUCCAACUUCCCUCCUGUUUGUAACACCAUCACUCCAUGUACUGCAGCCAAAGGACAGUGUGUUGAUGAGGAAGGCACAGCAAAGUGUGACUGCAUACCAAAUUACACAGGAUCUUCCUGUCAGCUGACAACUUACCAUUGUGGAACUGACCCCUGUCAAAACGAUGGCACCUGUGUGACCGGUAGUGGCAUGGAUUUCUCCUGUAAUUGUCGUGAUUCUUACUAUGGUACAAACUGUGAUGGGUAUACAGAUCCAUGUAGUUCAAAACCAUGUACACCAGGAGCCAACUGUUUGUCAGAUAAGGAUAAGUACUUAUGUUCCUGUCCUGGAGGAGCAGUCCCUACAGAUAAUCAGUGUAAAAGUUCAGCACCAAUUGGUGAAUUAUCUGUGGAUGGAAUGGUAGACACUAGGGGAACCUAUUUGAAUAAUCCCUUUGUGUUCUCCAAUGCUGACAUGUUUUCUGUGAUGCUGUGGGUGCUGUGUAGUAAUGACACCUACAACAAUCCUAUUAUCCUUGCAUUGGAAGAAAGAGAUAUUCAUCACCAAGAACCAGGCUGGAUGGACUCUCCUCCUACUUCUAAUUAUUUGCUGAAAGUGACUAAUGAAGGUGUAGUUUUUGACAAUGGUACUGACUUAAAAAUGGUGGAGUUUGGGAAGAACAUCUGUGACAAGAUCUGGCAUCAUGUAUCAGUGACUUAUCACAAAAACGGUACAACCUAUGUUAAACUGGACUCAACUCCCAAGGAUCCCUUUACGCAGACUGUGCCGCGGUCAUUUUCAAAAGUGUUUCAAGUACUCUUGGGACAAUCUUUUCUUGGAAAAAUAAGUCAAGUGAUGAUUUGGAAUAAAAUUUUGUCCACAUCUGACCAGUUCUUAGCAUUUGGUAAUGUAUACACCAUACCAGAUCCCAAUGAGAUAGUUCAAAAGUGGAUGAACUAUGCACAGACUAAAAGUGUGACGUUUAGUUCUACCAUUACUGUACAUGACAAUAAUCCAACGUUGGAAGAUGAGUUUCAAAUGACAGCAGAUAAGAUGCCUCCAACUGUGGUCAGUUGUCCACCAUUUAGGAAAGAGUUUCCAAUGCCUGAUGAACAGAUAGUAAACUUCCCAGGUUUGAAGAACAGCAUCAGUUUUAAUCAUCCUACAGAUAUCACUAAAUAUUCUUCUGUAGCAGAUGGUGAAUCGUACACUCGUGGGCGAAUUGUCUUGGUUUUCUACGCCAUAGAUGGAAUGAAAAACUUUGCUAUGUGCCGGUUUCCGCUAUACGUUCAAUAUGAUGACUGCCCUGCUCCAGUUUUUAAUGGUGCUUUGACAGAUUUUACUGUGGGUUCCAACAUGAAAGCUCACAAAGCCACUUGCUCUAACAAUUUGGCAAUAUCUGGACCCAUACCAGAGUUUUUCCACUGCACCAAUUUAGGCGUGUACAACCCAGAUGAACCCUAUGAUUCCUUCCUUCUGCCUGCCUGUGGAGCUGUUGGAAUAACUUCGUAUCAAGUCGCGGUGGAUUUGCUUUAUGACCUUGUCAUUUCGUGCAAGUCUGCUGAUCUGGAUGUCUUUGUCGAUAGAUUGAGUACCCGCCUGAGGGCUGUUGGUGUUUGUAAACCUAAUUGUGUAAUAGUACCCAAUCUGAGGUGUGAAACUCUAGAGGGGAAGUUAUUGAGAGUCAGCUUCACAUUGACCGGAUUAGAGGAAAUACUGUCAGUUCCUGUGGAUGGUGUCUCAGUGACCUUUUUGCCCUUUGAAGCCUUGACAUAUGUAGUGUAUAAUACUGAUACUAUGGAUUUUGAGCUAGUUACAGCUGGAGCUAUUCUACGAAAAAAUGUUCAGUCUAUCACUAUAACACAGUCAAUGUCUUGUGCCAGUGGAUACCAGCUUGUUGGUGAACAAUGUGUUCAAUGUUCCGCGGGCCAGUACUAUGACACUAACACCAAGAUGUGUAAGUUUUGCCAGAAGAACACCUACCUGGAUGAAGCUGGACAAACCAUCUGUAAACCUUGUGAUGGCAAUAAGGUUACGUUGAAUGAGGGAGCUACUUCUCAAAGUCUUUGUGUUGAAAACUGCACUGCUGGUAACUUUUACAAUAAGUCAUCAACCAGCUGUCAGGUGUGUGCAAAGAAUUUCUACCAAGAAAAUAAUGGCAUGGAUUACUGUGCUUUUUGUCCAAUCCAAAAAAUCACCACUGGCACUGGGUCAGAUUCAUUUACUGACUGCAAUGAUGACUGUCCGGUAGGGGAGGAGAGAGUUGAGAGUAACCAGGCGUGUGUUCAAUGUCCUAUUGGGAUGUACCGCACACAGUUAAAUGUCAAGUGUAUACCUUGCCCAUCAGAAUUUACAACAGAACAGAAAGGCACAACUGAUGAAUCUGGAUGUAACAUCAGAAUUUGUUACAAUGGAACCUUCCGGAAUAAAUCUAAUUCAUGUGAGGAUUGCGCAACUGGUUAUUACCAGGACGAGAAUUUCAAGGAUGAAUGUAAAAAGUGCCCAUCAUCAGAAUCCACAAGAAAUAUGGGAUCUAACAGUUCUUCGCAGUGUGAAUUUGUUUGUGGAGCAGGAGAAGAAAUUAUCACAGGACAAAGGAAAUGUAAACAAUGCGAUAGAAGAUUCUACCAUACUGGUGAUCAUCCUGAUAUUUUUGAUCCCUGUUCAGAAUGCCCUACCAACAAAACCACAGAGGUCACGGGCUCCACUCAUAGGGAGAACUGUACCAUAGAAAUCUGUGCCAUGGGUCAGGAAGUAAAUAGCAGUGGUGACAGCUGUAUAGACUGUCCCUACAACACAUUCCAGGACAAAGACGUGCCGACAUCACAUCAACGUUGUGUACAGUGUUCAGGCAGCAAAGCCACCAAAUACAUGAAGACUAUCAGCUUUAGUGACUGUCUUUUCUAUUGUCCACUUGCUGGUACACAAGACGAUGGAAAUGGCAACUGUAUGUCCUGUCCCAGGGGAACCUUCCGUUCAGUCGAUGACCACAGUACAGCCUUCUUACCAUGUGAAAACUGUACUGCUGGUAAGACUACAGAAACUACAGGCAGCAUGAGUUCCCACAACUGUUCUAUAGAUAUUUGUAGUAAGGGACAGGAGUUAAACAACACUGGUGCCUGUCUGGACUGCCCCUACGAUUUUUACCAGGAUAUUGAAAUGCCAAAAUCUGUGGAAAAAUGUAAGCCUUGUGAUUCCAACAAAGCCACAGACAACAUGAAAUCCACCAGUAACAACGACUGUAAACGUUAUUGUAAAGAACCUGGUACCGAGUUAAAUGAUCAGGACAUGUGUGUUCCUUGUGCAAGGGGCACUUAUCGCUCCAUCGAAGACCGUACAAAGUACUUCGCACCAUGCAUGAACUGUAGCAAUGGCAGAACUACAGAAGGGCCAGGCAGCAUUAGUAGCGUGAACUGUUCUAUUGAUAUGUGUUCAGCUGGAGAGGUUCUUAACUCUGCUGGCAAUUGUGAACGAUGUCCCAAAGGCAGCUACCAACCCAUUACCUAUCCAAACUCAGCUGUGACAUGUACUAAAUGUCCUUCAAACAAAGCCACAAUGGACGAUGGACAGACCUCAGAGGACAGUUGUGUCCGUGUGUGUAGUGCUGGCCAGCAGUACAACAAUGUGUCUGACCAGUGUGAACCAUGUGACAAAGGUACCUGGAACAAUGCUAACGAGACAAUGAAAUUCCAGCAGUGUGCUUCCUGUCCUGUUAACUACACUACAACUGGUGGAAGCAGUACUGAUUUAAGUAACUGUACUGUAUUGGAUUGUGAUCCAGGCUCUUACAUAUCUGGAGAUAACUGUUUGCUUUGUCCUCUGGGAACAUACCAGCCCGACCGCUAUCAAGCUAGUUGUAAAGAUUGUGGCUCCAACCAGAACACAUCCGAAACUGGUAGAACUAUGGAGUCGGACUGUCAAAUUUGGUGUGGUCCUGGACUGGCUGGUUCGACUACGUGUCAGAAAUGUCCACUUGAUACAAUAAAACCACAAGCUGGUCUUUCCAACUGUGUAUCCUGUGAGGAAAGCUUUGCAAACUUUACUUCCAACGAAAAUAGAAUAUCAUGUGACGUUUUGUUCUGUGAUAAGGGCUUUCAGUACAAUGGGACUUCUUCACCUGCCAGAUGUGACCCCUGUAAACAAGGGGAAUACAAAGAAGCACGAGGAAGAGCAACACUCUGUGUUACCUGUCCCCCUGGCUUUACCACAAGUGGUGAAGCCUCCACAGACAAGAGUAACUGUGACCAGCUCCAUUGUGUGAAAGGAGAGUACUACGAUUCAACAAACCAGUCCUGUCAGCAAUGUCCCAUUGGCUCCUACAAGGACACCGUUGGGAAUACUAACUGUACGACGUGUGGCACAGGUUUUACCACGGCAAUUACCGGAGCCACUUCCGGAGACGUAUGUACUGUUGUUGUAUGUCCAGCUGGACAGAAGAGGAUUGCAAUUACUAAUAGUUGUGAGGUCUGUCCCAUUGGCCAGUACCAACCAAAUCAAGGAGAGAGUAACUGUAUUCCUUGUUCCCCUGGGACAUACACCACCCGGACCACUGGCACAGAUUUACAGUCUGACUGUGUGGACAACUGCAGCCCUGGCUAUGAGUAUAACACAACUAGCAGAGUGUGUGUUGCCUGUGGCCUGGGAACCUAUAAGUCUCAGGUUGGAAAUUGGAAAGCUGACCAAACGACAGUCAUAAACUGUACAUCUUGUCCACCCUUGAAAACUACAACAUCCGCAGCAUCAACUUCCUCUACUGCCUGUUCCUUAGAUUUAUGUGAUGUUGGAACAUACCAGAAGGAUGGUGCAUGCGUCAGCUGUGAAAAAGCUAAAUACCAGGAUGAAAAGGGUCAAACCGAAUGUAAAUCAUGUGGCGCCGGAAAAACAACCAAGGUCUUCUCAGGGGCUACAUCCAUUGUCGACUGUAUUCCUGAUUGUCCACUUGGGAAAGAUCACAACUUGACAAGUUCUGACUGUUGCUGUACAGACUGUGCAAUCUCAUACUAUGUUGAUAAAAGUAAAGGAGAAUAUUGUAUUAAGUGUCCUACUGGAACAACCAAUUUGGCACCAGGAUCAGUAGACUGUCCUUAUACAGAUAGUACCCCAACUGUAAAAGAAACAGUGACUGUCGUGUUCCGGUUGCGGUUGAAUGUUUUAUUAGAUUGUGCUAAUGAAAACAGUAAAAGUAUAUAUGCUAACAAUGUUAAAAUCAAGCUUGUAGCAGUAUUUAAAACUCUGAGGUUUGAUGUUUGUUCCACCCCUUCAUGUGACAAUAUCGCUUCAUUGGUUGUUGUAUUCCCCAACUCUGGGGGUUGUAACCAAGGAGGGGGUUCAAGACGCAAAAGGAAUACAGGCACUAUUGUGGAUCUGGAUGUAUCGGUCAAUUCAUUGCCAAACCCAGCUACAUCAACAGAUAACAGUGGAGUCAAAAGACCUAUACAGGAUGUGAUUAAUGAGAUGAUCAACACCAACCCAUCCAGUAUAGCACCUCAAGGUUCCACCCUCGAUGGAGCCAGUGUGACAAGUAUCACUCAACAGUGUAUUGCUGGACAAGUCCUCACCGGUACUGCCUGUGGGCCUUGCCCUGUGGGAACCUAUGAGAAUUCAGGAACUUGUGCUAAUUGUCCCGUUAACCAGUACCAAGAUGUAACUGGCCAAACAACUUGUAAACAAUGCAGCAGCUCCAGUAGCAUUAACAUCUAUACAGCUGGAACCAACUCUACCUCAGUAUCACAGUGUCUCUCUACAUGUGAAGUGAACUCCAACUACUGUAAGAAUGGAGGUACAUGUGUUGCUAGCCAGACAGUUUAUUGCCAAUGUGGAUCACGAUACUCAGGCACCAACUGUGAGAACAGGAGUGAACCAGACGACUCAACUUGGAUUUACAUUGUGGCAGGGACGAUUGGCGGACUUGUGUUCCUGCUCAUCAUCAUUAUUAUCAGUGUGGUGUUCUGCAGACGAUCAAGUUCCCCGAAAACCAAGAUUGUGUAUGAGAAGCAAGAUCCAUCACAAAGUAAUCAUGGAUAUCAGAGUUACCCUGACGCUGUUGGCUACCCCUAUCAACAGGCAAUGAUAGGCCAGCAAGCCAUGUCCCAGGCCCUGCCUGAGACCUACUACAUGCCCUACCAUCAGCCCUACCAGCAGCCACGAGCCAUUACCAACAGACAAUACCGUGGCUUUGAGGUGGAUGAGGAUAACUCAUCUGCAUACAAGUGGACAUCUUUCUCCGAACAUUGAGUUCCAAAAUGACAGCACUAGCAAUUCUGGAUCAUAGAAAUGUCCUCUUCUCAAGUGAUAGAGAUACCACACAUUGGAAUGGCAUUGACAAAGGAGAAGAUACAUCAACAUCUGUUUCAAUUAGAAGAUUCUGUAGUUAAAGUGUCUUUCAUUAAUUUUACAAAUUUUUAAAGAUGGAGGACAUCAAACGGCACAUUCAGCAAUUAUUCUGCAUAAUAGCUAGGUUUCAUUAAAAUGUCUUGGCCACAUCUUCAACAUUUGACACAUUUUCAUCAAAAUUGCUUAUAAUAUUUGUAUAUAAAGGAAAUGCUACAAUAAUGAAUUCAAAAAGAUCACAUUAUUUGCUCUUCCAGUAAGAACGAUUUUAAAAAUAGCAUUCAAAUGGUGCUGCAAAUUGUGAUUCUGUUAAUGAAUUUCAUUUACAAAAAAAUGUAUCUUCUACCUAAUCAGGUACUUUAAUUUAUCCUAUUUUUAUGUCAUACAGUCAAGAAACAUUAAAUGCAGCUUGGACUGUACUUGAAUUUAUUUGUAUGAUAUAUCUACAGCAAAACACUUUUAACCCCAGUCCCAUUAGCUACCCAUUAAUUAAUACCAGUUAACCCCAGUCCCAUUAGUUACCUUUUAAUUAAUACCCAUUAACCCCAGUCCCAUUAGUUACCUGUUAAUUAAUACCCAUUAACCCCAGUCCCAUUAGUUACCUAUUAAUUAAUAGCUGUAAACCCCAGUCCCAUUAGUUAACUGUUAAUUAAUUCCCAUUUACCCCAGUCCCAUCAGUUACCUGUUAAUUAAUACCCUAAUUAAUUCCCAUUAACCCCUGUCCCAUUAGUUACCUGUUAAUUAAUACCCGCUUACCCCAGUCUCAUUAGUUAACUGUUAAUUAAUUCCCAUUAACCCCAAUCCCGUUAGUAAAUAACUUUGUUAAUAGUAAACCCUGGUCUAAUUAGUUAGUACCUGUACUGCUAGUUUAUACCUGUAAUCCCUGGUCUGAUUAGUUAGUACCUGUACUGCUCGUUUAUACCAGUAAGCCCUGGUCUGAUUAGUUAAUACCUGUACUGCUAGUUUAUACUAGUAAGCCCAGGUCUGAUUAGUUAGUACCUGUACUGCUCGUUUAUACCAGUAAGCCCUGGUCUGAUUAGUUAGUACUUGUACUGCUAGUUUAUACCAGUAAGCCCAGGUCUGAAUAGUUAGUACCUGUACUGCUAGUUUAUUCCAGUAAGCCCUGGUCUAAUUAGUUAGUACCUGUACUGCUAGUUUAUUCCAGUAAGCCCUGGUAUGAUUAGUUAGUACCUGUACUGCUAGUCUAUACCAGCAAGCCCUGGUCUGAUUAGUUAGUACCUGUACUGCUAGUUUACACCAGUAAGCCCUGGUCUAAUUAGUUAGUACCAGUACUGCUAGUUUAUACCAGUAAGCCCUUGUCUGAUUAGUUAGUACCUGUACUGCUAGUCUAUACCAGCAAGCCCUGGUCUGAUUAGUUAG